CGAUGUACGAAUGUUUCAAGAUCAACCUCCUUUUCCUUUGCAAAAAAGAUCAUAUCGCUGAAGAUCCUUCUAUGAAAUCCAUUUUCUCUACAACAAGAACGUUCAGCGUCGACUUUGCUCCAACUUCCACAAGAGCUAUGUAUAAUUGCGCAGAUUUGACAUCUUUUCGUUUUUCCUUUUUUCAAAUUUUCUUAAGAACUACUCGUCGAAGAACUGUGUUCUUGUUUAGCCCAAUCUGGAUAGAAACUCUUGCCAUGUCCUCUCCUUUGUCUCCUGCAAGUAAGAAACGCAAGAUGCCUUCCACCACGUUGACCAAAGCCGAGAUCGAUAUUCUCGAUGGCAAUGACCGUCAUCCCGCCCUCCUCCGUCUCCUCGACACCAUCAAGACGACCAAGACUAGCUCCGCUGUCGCGGAUCUAGUCGGUUCUACUGAAGGAGCAGCUAAAGAACAUCCCUUCCUUUGCACUCAUCAUGGUGGCUUUCAUUGUGAUGAAGCCCUUGCCUUGGGCAUGCUCAAGCUCCUUCCCCAAUUCGCAGAUAUGCCGAUUCUGCGCACAAGGGAUCCCUCUCUGAUCCAAGAUGCGAAGCUCGUAGUCGACGUUGGUGGCAUCUACGACCAUGAGAAACUGCGCUAUGACCACCACAUGGGAGAUUUCACUACCAUGUAUUCCGAAAACCACAAUGUGACGAAACUGUCCUCUGCCGGUUUGGUUUUCAAGCACUACGGUACUGCCAUUGUGAAGGAGUUCAUCAAGCAAACAUCUGAAUCCGCUGGCUCGGAAGUAGAUCCUUCUGCUUUCCAAGACUCCGACAUUGCCAAGAUCGUUCUCAAGCUCUACCGCAACUUCAUCGAAGAGGUUGACGCUAUCGACAACGGCGUAGAACCAGCGGAAACACUGAAAUACCGCAUUAGCACAGGACUCGGCUCAAGAGUGAAGCGAUUAAACCCCAGUUGGAGAGAGGAGAACGUCUCUUCGGCGACAGAGAACACGCACUUCAAGAAGGCAAUGAUGAUCUGCACCGAAGAAUUCUGGAACCAACUGUCGGGAUUGGUCGAAGAAUGGUAAUUUUUCAUGAUGUACAGACAGUGUCAUUGAUGAACAAAUUCUCAUUUCGCUAUAAAGAACCACUUUUUUAGAUUUACCUCACUCAGAUGCUUCUACAAGAACUCAGACCAGGAUCCACCACAACUUUUUCCACAUCUACUGAAGAUUUACUCCAAGAAAGAAGCCUUCAUCUCCUCCUAGGUACCCAGCCCGCAAAAUCGUCGAUGACGCUGUUGUCGCUGCUAAGGAUACUCGUAUUCUUGUCCUCCCACGUUGCUGCCCGUGGCAAGAGCAUCUGCUUGACAUCGAAAGAGAGCAAGAGGAAAGAACCGGGGAACCUAUUCCAGAAGAUCAGAAGAUGCUGUACGUCAUCUUCCCGGACAGCAGAUCUGGCAGUUUUAGAAUCCAAGCUGUGCCGAAAGUCAAAGGCAGUUUUGAGAACCGCAAGCCAUUACCCAAGCCGUGGCGUGGUGUGCGCGACUCGGAUCUCAGCAGCGUAACCGGCAUCCCGGGAGGCGUUUUUGUGCAUGCUAGUGGCUUCAUUGGCGGCAAUCAGACCUUGGAAGGAGCUACGGCUAUGGCAAAAGCAGCUGUUAAUUUUUAGGAGAGGACGCCAGAGGCAGUUAUUGUUAUACAUAGAAGAUGUUAUACUAGAAAUGAUGAGGAUUCUACUUCAUGUUCUUGUUAAAGUUGUACGUGAACAAGGUGAACAUGUUGAUCUACAUCCCUUUUUCGUUGAAAGUGGCAAAGUUCAUCCACGACCACAGGAACAAAUGUUGGGAAAAAUCCUGCAUAGCCAAUCCCCAUGGCUGCAUCCACCUGCCACAUCCAUAUGGGGCAUCAUCGAGUUGCUUGACUUCAAGCGGACACGACCCGAUAAACCAAAAAAGCGCUCUACCCGUGCAACCUGCCCUUCUAUUUGUAAUAAGGAUUGUUCGCCACAUAUGACUGAU